CUCUAGUCUGUUUUACACAACAUAACAUAUGUAUCUGUAUACUCUCCAUUGAUAAUAUCAACUGACCUGUCACGAUCAGCUGAUGAAUGUAUGUACAUACACAAACACACACACACACGCGUUAACUUUUUAUUUUAUUUUGUGUUUUGCUUCAAUAGUUAAAUUUUAAAAUGUCAAAAUUUCGACUGUACUCCGUCUGGGAACUGUCAUCUAAUUUUUCCUCCAAUCGGUAUUUCUCACAAUUAUUGUCAUCUCCAUGGUGUCAAGCAUCAGUGCAGCAAACAAGCAGAAAUUUAGCAACUAACACUGCUACUAAUAUUACAGAAGAUGAUUUAAUAAUUAGUGAAAGUUGCGUAAAACGAUUAAAAGAUAUUACUGAAGAUGGUACAUGCUUGAGGGUAACUGUUGAAGGUGGUGGGUGCUCAGGUUUUCAAUACAAAUUUGACUUGGAUUCAAAUAUAAAUGACGAUGACAAAGUAUUUCAAAAGGACGGAGCUAAAGUUGUAAUUGACUCAACGUCAUUAGAGUAUGUUAAAGGUGCAACCAUUGAUUUUCAUUCAGAAUUAAUAAGAUCUGCUUUUAGAAUCAUAAAUAAUCCAUUGGCAGAACAAGGCUGUAGUUGUGGUGCUAGUUUUGCGAUUAAAGUUGAUUGAUGGUGACUAAUCAUUUAUAAUUAUUUAUAAAUAUGUACAAGUAGAUAAAUAAAUUUUAUUUCUUGUUU